AUGUCUCGCAGAAAACCAGUUUUGAAUGCCUCCAAACACUCCAACAACAAACAAAGCAAAAUCUUAAAUAUCUACCUUUUGCAGGGUCUGGUAAUCGCAGGAUUAAGUGACUUGGCCCGUCCAGCUGACUCAAUCUCCGUGUCCGGAUGCGCCGCCUUGGCUGCCACGGGCAUUAUCUGGUCCCGUUAUUCCCUGGUGAUCAUACCCAAAAACUACAGCCUUUUUGCCGUGAAUCUCUUCGUGGGCUGCACCCAGGUGGUGCAGCUGGCACGAGCCUACAACUACAAGAUGGAGCAGGAUAAGCUGCAGAAGGAGGACCCGAAGCCGGCACUGACCCAGUAGAUCCAUAUCGAAUCCAAUACCGGUGCUAUCCCGACCCAUAGAAAAUAAUUUCCCACAAUGGCACAAUGUAAUCGAGUAGUAGGUUUAAAGGAAACUGUGUUUGCAGAUCUGUGAUCUGUGUUUUAAAAUCUGCUAGCCGUUUUUACUAAUGGUUUAUCGCCUUAUCGACGUGAUUCGUAUUACUUAAGUUGGAACUGUGGAGGCUUCACGAAUAGUUUAUAUUAAUACGAGCAUUAUUGGACAUUUUGUGAUUGUCAACAAAUAAACAAGUACAUGUUAAGACUGUAAAUAAUAUCGAA